GGUAAUCGUAGAAUGGAAUUCAAGUGGAGGCAACGAUGAUGCUGAUUCGUCGUUAAAUCCUCGAUUGAUUCAUUCUACCUUGACUUGCCACCAACUCGACGGACCCCCCGCUCAUCCACCAACUCACUCGCUCGCCUCAUCAUGUCACUCAACACCCUCUCCAUCACCUCCAUGGACCGCUUCGAUCUUCUCCCGGGCGAGCACGUUCUGACCCCUCGUCACACUGCCGAUAUCGAGCUGAAAGUACCGGCCACCUUGUCCGGUCCCAAACGCACAGAAACGGCUGAUGGAUUCCUCUGGGUCACAGACCAUCGAGUUGUGUUCGCUGCCCGGACAGUUGUUGCAGCCUACGACGCACCGCCUCAACUUGAAUCGCUCGUGAUACCUUAUACCACGCUGCUCAAAUGUACAUUCAACCUCCCAACAUUCUCAGCAAACCACUUGUUGAUCUCCUUCCUCCCUGACCCGGAACUUGGAGCUGCUUCCAACCUUCCGGCCCCAGGUCGUGGAUCCAGCCUUGAGGUCAAAAUCAUCGUUGGCGAUGGUGCGGGACAUGGAGUCUGGAAGCGUAUUGAAGGGGAGAGGCAGAGGCAUGAACAUCAUCGGAGUCAGGGCGAAGUGCUGCCCGCGUACAGCUCGUGAGGUUGGGCGAGAUUGGACCAGGGCAGGCCAUGAAGAGGCGUUCUACAGAGGACCAACAAGACCGAAGCUUCCCUCCAGUGUCAUCAUUUUCUUACCGACUCAAAGAUUCACGACUCGAUAGGAAGACUUGAUUCGACUCAGACGCUAUCAGGCAUGGUGGCGGAUGAAUCGGGCAUCGUAGACUGCGUUGGGAAGGGUCGAGCGGUAGGGGAUACAUACAAUUAAGGCGUCAAAGGCGGCCUAUUCUCUCGCUAAAGUUCGCUACAUCUUUCGAGGAUA